AUGCCGGGGAUGAGAGGACUAGUUCUCCUUCUCUACCUCCACACAUGCCGGGCCUUCCCCAACAAGCUGCCAGACCUCAGCACCGAGACGCCUGGCCAGUUCACCGACCCGCUGCUGGACUACGAGCGGCUGGAUGAGGAGCUGGGAGGUGGUGGGGGGCGGAACGGGACCGGCGGGGCUGCGGGCUGCGGGCUGUGUGAGCCGGACCUGUGCCCAGAGACCCGGGGCUGCAGGUCCGGCCUGGUGCAGGACUCCUGCGGCUGCUGCAAGGAGUGCGGAAACCUGGAGGGUCAAGCCUGCGACCCGGGGGACCGUAGCGUUUUUUACGGGCUCUGCGGGACCGGGCUGCGGUGCCAGGCGGACCCGCUGCCCGCAGGAGGAGGCGGAGGAGAGGAGGAGGAUGAUGUGGAGGAGGUGUGUGUGUGCGAGGAGCAGGAGGCGGUGUGUGGCACUGAUGGAGUAACAUACAUGAACCUGUGUCAGUUCAGAGAGGCUGCUUUCUCCAAACCAGGGCUCAAGACCAGAGGGAGGGGCCCCUGCAAAACCGUCCCCAUCAUUAAGGUCCCCCCUCACAGCCAGGUGAAUGGGACAGGCAGCAGUCUGGUCUUCCUCUGUGAGGUCUUUGCGUUCCCGAUGGCUCUGGUCGAGUGGAGGAAGGAGGGCCAAGACGUCGUCCUGCCCGGAGACGACCCCCACAUCUCAGUCCAGUCUCGGGGCGGUCCUCUGAAAUUUGAGCUCUCCAGUUGGCUGCAGAUUGAGGGGGCGGGGCCAGAGGACUCAGGAACCUAUCGCUGUGUUGCUCGUAACAACAUGGGGUCUGUGUCGGCCUCUGCUGUACUGGGAGUACUGGGAGCAGCGGAGCUGUCGUCCUACCUGGCCAAUAGUGUGUCAGAGAUGAAGCAGCUGAUGGACGCCACAGACUACGACCAGGAUUUUUACUGACCAAUGUUGUGGUGUCACUUCCUGCAACUAUUUGGCUUCCCUUCAGCAAAGACAGUAAACGCAUCAUCGCACACACUGGUGGACACAUGAGAUGCUCUGACAGGACAGAUAAACAGAUGCAGAUUCUGCUUCAGGCCAGUUUGUUUCCAGCAAUAUAUUAAACAUAUUAAAAUGUGGAUCAUUAUAUUAUUAUUAUUAUUAUUAUUAUUGUUAUUAUUAUUAUUAUCUCAGUGUAUCCCAACAUUACUCCUAUGUCACAGCGGGUGGUGACACGGAGGCUCAGCAUGUUGAACGUGUUGUUGAUGUUGCAGGGUCGAGCCCGAGUCUCCUGUCGGCUCCGUCACUGUGAA